AUGAUCUGCGACCCGGGCAUGAACAUCGCCAUGUCGCAUUGGUGCGGUGCCUCGCUACCUGAUGAGGCUCCCACUUGGUAUGAGUGUGCUCUUGGAGAAGUAUACGAGCACAAAUCAACCAUCAGUUACGGUGCUGACGUAACACAUCCGAACUAUCGGGACACAGUUGCGAAUAUAGAAAAGCUAGCGGCAGAAGAAAGGAAGUACCUAGGUGAACUGUUUCAUCGUCUGUGUGAGGAUGAAGAUAUGCUAGUGCGAAGGAUGGCACUGUCCAUGUUGCCUGCUAUAGCUGAAGACGCUGAUGUCCAGUUUUUUGCUUCUCAUGUAGUACCCAUUUUCGAGAAGGCCCUGGAAGAUAAGAUUGGUCUUCACUUGGAGGCGACACAGGCUUUAAUCGCUUUGCUUAAAGCUAAGAAACUAUCUGAUGUUGUACACAGACAUCUUCUGCCAGUUCUGUAUAAAUACGCAGAGGAUUCAUAUUGGCAAGUUCGGUUCUUAAUUGCCAACAGCAUUAAUGAUGCUCCCACUUGGUAUGAGUGUGCUCUUGGAGGAGUAUACGAGCACAAAUCAACCAUCAGUAACGGUGCUGACGUAACACAUCCGAACUAUCGGGACACAGUUGCGAAUAUAGAAAAGCUAGUGGCAGAAGGAAGGAAGUACCUAGGUGAACUGUUUCAUCGUCUGUGUGAGGAUGAAGAUAUGCUAGUGCGAAGAAUGGCACUGUCCAUGUUGCCUGCUAUAGCUGAAGAAGCUGAUGUCCAGUUUUUUGCUUCUCAUGUAGUACCCAUUUUCGAGAAGGCCCUGGAAGAUAAGAUUGGUCUUCACUUGGAGGCGACACAGGCUUUAAUCGCUUUGCUUAAAGCUAAGAACCUAUCUGAUGAUGUAUACAGACAUCUUCUGCCAGUUCUGUAUAAAUACGCAGAGGAUUCAUAUUGGCAAGUUCGGUUCUUAAUUGCCAACAGCAUUAAUGAUAUUCACAACUCUGUGAAUUCACAUAUCCUGAAAUCAAGCUGCUUCUCACUGAUGCUGAAGUUCUCAAGCGACGCAGAAACACGAGUGCGCUCUGCGGCAGAUCGCUGGUUUGAAGGAUGUUUCAACUUUUUGGCGACAUCAAGUGAGGUGUAG